GGGCCCUGCUAUUGGUCGCCAAAAUGGGCGCGCAAGCACGGCCGGCUGUCCGGUGUUGAGUCCAUUGAGUUCGUUUUAAGUUGAUUCAGCAUCCAAACAAAAAUUCGUUGAAAAUUCGCGGGAUUGGUCGUUUCGGAGGUGUACGGUAUACGGAUAUAUACUUCGCGAGCUUGGUGCCAGAUCCAGGAGGAUUCCCUAUGUCGCCUAGACGCACUCGCGCAGCAACAGCGGUACAAUCUACUGUUUCCACCAGGUCGCAGGCGCAGAAAAUAAAUAACGUGAACCAAGAUGUGGUCAAAUCAGCACAAAAAAUUCGACAGUCGCAGAGAAAGGAGAGGACUACAAGUGUUAAAGAUAAUUUGGAAACCACUACUAAACAAAGUACCUCAAAAAAAAAAUCUAACACAGAGGUAACAUUUACAAAAUCUGCAAAAAGAACUCGUCGGAAGCUGAAUUUAGAUGAAGAAAUAAAAACUGAGAAUAUUCAUACAAUAUCCAGGGAUCGAAGCAUGGAUUCUAAUGAUUCGUUCAAAGUAUUAAAAAAUGAGUGUAAUAAUAGUAUUCCAAUAGUGGAACUCAUCAGAAGCGAUAUGUCUAGGAUCAAUAUUUCAAAAGACUUAAAUUUAGAAGAAGUUCCCAGAAAGUUACAACGGAAGGCCUCUGCCACAAACAUAAAAAUACCAUCUAUUAUAGUCACUCCCAAGAGCACGCCUCCUAAGCUCAGUCUUACUCCUCACAGAUCUAAGAAAACACCUAAAAAGUCGCCAAUUUUUUUGGGCUCUCCAAAAACACAUUCGUUAGCUGUACCAAAGUUACUUAAGAGUCCAAGAAAGUUGUCUCUUACUACAACAUCUGAGGAGAACUUAGAAAAAUCAAAUAGUAAUUCGCAUAAUAAGAAAUCACGAAAGAAAAAUAGGCGACAUGAUGAUUCUGGUGAUUCCACGCCCAGUCAAAGCAUGUCGAAGUCACUAAAAACAAAAAAACAAAAGAAAUCUGACAUUAAUUUAAAAACAUUUGUACGUAAAUUUUCGAAGUCGUCAAAAAUAGUAUUGAGGUCUCCGGAAUCAAAGAAUUCAAAAUCACGCAAAUUAAAAUUAUUAUCGCCAUCCCGGGCGAAAAAGAGUCCGUUGAAAUCUAUUAGUCCGUCUUUUAGUUUUGAUGAUAUACCGAAACUUGAUUCCAAAUCAUCUAAAAAUAAUAUUAAAAAAUCACCUAAAAAGAAGAAUUCACCAAGAGCUAAACGAAAUUUAUUAUAUUCAAGAUUAACAAAAAUAUUAUCAUCUACGCAAAUAAAAGAUGUGCUGGGAGAACCAAUAGUGUUAGUGGAAAAACUAUCGUCUGAAGGCAUGAAACGACAAAAUAUGGUUGCUAAAAAAACUCAAUCAAAUACUUCAAUCGGAGUAAAAUCCCCCUUAAUUAGUCCUGGGAGCAAUUCCAAGGUAUCAUUACCGAUCAAAAGAGCUUCUAGUCCUGGGAGCAAUUCCAAGGUAUCAUUACCGAUCAAAAGAGCUUCUACAGGAUCAAAUAUAUCUACUAAUCGAAAUUCCAGCAUUAAAUUAAGGAAUAAUAGUAUAGAGAAAUCCCCUAAAAUAUCGCCAAGAAUUAAAUGUAAUACAUUGUGGGAAAAAAAUAAAUCGUCCACGCCCUUAAUGUCAUCCACUCCACAGGCAGUGGUGGCAUUAACAGAUAUAAGUUUAGAGUCCAAUACUUCUAUUGCAUCUGUAAAUAACAUGUCUCUUACUAAAUUAAGACAUAGGAAUAAUCGAUCCAAUGUGCAGCUGUCUAAUACGAUAAAUAAAGAUAUGAGCAUUGAAAAUGUAUCUAGACCUUCUCUGCUUGAUAAAGAUAUUAGUAAUACUAGUCAAUCUCGCUUUUCAAGUGCCAUGAAACAAAAUACUACUUAUGACAAAGAUAUGGAAAAUAAGCAAGAAAACAAGAAAAAUAAUACCUAUGAAUUGGAACAGCCGCAGACGCAAAAUUUACAACAAAUGAUUAGGAAACGCACUUCAAUAGAUGCAAAUUUAAGUGCGAAAAGUAACGCUAAGAAAGCUAAAGUACGAUUUGCAGAUGUAACAUCCAGAGCAGAUAGUGCGCAAAGGUUGAUUAAUAAACUAAACGGAUCGCGAUCAAACAUAUCACAUAAUGUUAGCACACAACGUAAAAAUAAUGUUACGAAUUCAGCUCACAAAUCGAAAAAAGUUGAAACUCUGAAGUUUAAUCAAAAUUCAUUAAGUUCUCCUUUUAAUACAAGAUUAAAUCCAAGAUUACUAGUAGAUACGCCGAGAAAUCAAAUUACACCGAAAAGUCUUGCAUCAGUUGAAAAGAAAUCAGAAAAGAAGUCAUCUACGAAAAAGGUACCAAAUUUCGGGAGGAUACAUGAACAAAUGUUUGCUAAGUCAGAGUCACUCAUAGAUGCAAAGAAACGAUUGGAAGCUAGGCACUUAGCCUUCACUACAAACAAAGCUGUGCCAAAGGUAGAUAUAAAGAAGGAAGAGAGAAAACCAUUGCCAACUGACACAAGCGAUGGUGUUCACAAUAGAUUUGGAUUUAAGGUGAAGAAGGUAGAAGCUACGCAACUUAUGAAAAAACAACCUGCUUUUUCGAGAGAGAAGCAGCAAGAGAAAACGCGAAUGAUGCUGAAAGGUGUGCGAACAAAUCGACGCUUCGAUUUGCAAAUGAAGGCUCGUAAUAUAAACUUGUAAAGAUCUGUGCUUUAUAUUUGUACCUCAAUCUUUCUUUUUAUUAAUGUUGUUUAGCAUUUAAGUUUUUCUCUCUUUUUUUUG